AUGGCUGACGCUACGACUACCCUUCCCCCUGAUGAGAACAGAGGGCCCGAGAUUCUCAUCAUAUGUGGAACCCUAGUUGGUCUCUCUCUGGUGAUGGUGGUUCUUCGCCUUUGGGUAAGAAUUAGCCUCAUCCGACAAGUCGGCAGCGAUGAUUACACCAUGGUUGCAGCAAUGGUCGUUCUGUUUGCGGAAAUGAUGGUCAUCAUCCCUCAGGUUCAACUUGGCGGGGGCAAGCACAAGGAGUACAUCAAGCCGCCAGAGAAUAUUACAAAGGGGUUGCAUCUCAACUUCGUCACGCAGCCUCUAUGCCUGAUUGCCCUGCUCUUGACCAAAGUCAGCGUCGGCCUCUUUCUUCUGCGCAUGGCCACGACGCCCGCUUUUCGGCGCGUUUCUGUCGCAACAGAUCUCAUUUUCGCCCUUCUUCCAAUCCCGAUGUUAUGGAAUGUCCAGCUCAACCGAAAGACCAAGAUCGCUGUCGCUGGAAUCCUAUCCUUGGGUAUCUUCGCCACGGUUGCUGCGAUUGUGAAGAUCACAUUCUUGAGCAACUACGGCAAGCACGGCGACUUUUUGUUUGACAGCGUGGACAUCACUAUCUGGACGACUGUCGAAAUCUGCGCAGCCAUGGUAGCCGCAAGCUUUCCCGCACUCAAACCGCUAUUCAAGACGAUACUUGGAGGGACGCGAUCAGGCAAAUACGGCACGAAGUCGCGACAGGGCUACAUUCGCAACGUGGACAACACCAGCGCUAAGCGCACCUACAAAUCCCACAACGGCGACAGCGACUUCGAGAUGUACGACCGGAAAGGGAACCAGGCUGAUGUCACUGGCGGCUACCGCAGCAAGAUGGAUUCGGAAGAGAGCAUCCUACAAACCCACGGGCAGCAAUCCAAGCACGGCGAUGGCAUCACUAAGACGAUGCAGAUAUCAGUCACGGUAGAUGAUUUUCAGAAGAAGAGUGUGAAGGAUCUGGUAUAA